CCUGGACGGCCACGUGUAUGCGGACAGAGCAGCUGCGACCGCAGCGGGGCUGCCCACAGAAGCUCCGUCUGUGAGUGCCAGCCCCUGGCCAGAGACUGAGAAUGCACGCCCACCUGCUGCAAGACCCUGGGUCUGGGGUGAGCUCUGCCCCACAGGCAGUGUCCAGAGCUGCUCUGGAGGGAGCCAGUGGGGAAUCCGGCCGGACGCAGCUGCCCCCCGUGCUGCCUGAGGGGCUGGCCCUGGAGGAGCUGCUGGCACGCAAGGAGGAGGAGUGGCGGUCGCUGCAGGCCCGGCGGGCCCAGCUGCAGGGCGCUGCGCUGGGGGCGGCACAGGGCCAGCUGCGCAGCCUUCGGGAGGACUUCCUGUAUAACCUGCAGCUGCUGGAGGAGCGGGACCGGGAGCUGGAGCACUACGACGCCGUCUUCGCCCAAGCCCGGCUGCAGGAGCAGGCCCGGGAGGCAGAGGCCAGUGAGCUCAGAAUUGAGGUGGCCAAGCUGCGCCAGGCACUGGCCCACGAGACCCGGCGCUCCGAGGAGCUGCAACAGCGGCAGCGGCAGACGCUGCAGGAGCACCGCUGGGAGCUGGAGCGCCUGCACAGUGACAAGGACGCCGAGAUCACCCGGCACCGGGAGCAGUGUGAGCAGCUGCGGGGGAAGCUGGAGCAGGAGCUCCAGGGGCGGGACGGGGAGCUGGCGCUGCAGAAGCAGGCUCUCAUGCUACAGUUUGAGGCCGAGCUGCAGAAGAGGGAACACGCGUCCAGCCUGCAGGCCAAUGCCAUGAGCCACACCAUCCUGACACAGGAGCUCAAGGUGAGGACCGGGCUUGGCAGGCAUGACGGGCUGGACCGCCUGGCCAGGGAGCGGGACGGGGUGCUGGCUGCAGUGAAGGAGGCCCACGCGGAGCAGCUGCGGGCGCUGGAGACCAGGGUGCAAGAGCUGCAGGCUCACUGCAGGAGCCUGGAGACCCAGCUGCGCCAGGCUGAGGGGGUCCAGGCCGACGCUGCCAGGGACCACAACGCCACUGUCGCCCGACUUCGUGAGGAAGCGUUGGCCCUGAGGUCCGGCUGGGACGCCCAGGUGGCUCAGCUGUCCCAGGAAGCAGUCUCCAGGGACCUGCAGAUCCACGCUCUGCACGAGGAGGGUGCGAAGCUCAAAGUCCAGGCGGCCCAGCUCCAGCAGGACAUUGAUGGGUACAAGCGGAAGCUGGCGGUGGCGGUGGGCCGGGAGCAGAGUCUGGAACGUGAGAAGGUGCAGCUGGAGCUGGACUGGCGCCACCGCUGUGAGGACGCGGAGCGAGACCAGUACCGACGAUCUGAAGACCUGGUCCAGAGCCUGGCCGCCGCCAGAGAGCAGGUUGCGGCCAGACUCCAGGAGGCAGAGCAGAGGCUGUGUGACAAAGACGAGGUGCUGAAAGCCAUGGCCCUGGAGAGAGACCAGGCGGUGCAGGCCCUGAAGACCCACGGACUCCUUCCCGAGAGGGAGACACAGACCUGCGUAGAGCACCGGGAAGAGGCAGCAGUCAGCCGGGACUCGGCAUGGCGUGAGGUCCAGCGACUGCAAGAGCAGAAUGCGAGCUUGCGGAGUGCCGUGGCUCAGAUGAGGAAGGAAAUGGAAGCGCUGAGUGACCAGCUUCUCCCUGCUGGCCAGCAGCAAGGGAAGGCCUGUGAAACAAGCCAGCCGGCACCAAACAACGCAGCCGGCACCCCUGGUACCACGACAGCAGACGCCGCCAUGCCCGAUUACGUUCUGGCCCUUGAAGCAGAAAUACAGAGUCUGAAGCAUAAGUUCAAAACACUGGAAGACCAAUUAGGAGGCGUGUUAGACCCUCCCCAAAAGUCCUCGUCUGAUGUGGACGUUCUGCCCAGCAUCGGUGCCACUGAAGACCCUGUGCUGCAGGAGGCUGCCCCAGUCUGGCUGCACCGGGAGGCAGCACAGGUGCGUGUGGAGCUCUCAGAGCUGGGCCAGCAAGCAGCCGAGCUGGAGAAGCAUCUCAGUGCGUCCCAAAAGGAAGGAGGGGAGACUGCACGCAGGACAUGGCCACCAGCUCCAGAGACCACGACCCCCAGGGGACAGGGCCCUGCAGGUGGAGAGCCCUCGCGGCCCUCGCCAGAACUCCGACUGGGAUGGCAGCUGAGCAACGUGUCCAGGCGCAUCCUCCGCCUGCAGCAGCGCAAGGAGCAGCCGGUGGAGUCCGCGAAUCGGCGGGGACACCCCCCGGGGAUGCCACCUGGCCCCAUCCCUGCUCGUGCCCCGGAGCCCUGCAGCCCAGGGGAGGUGCCUGCUAGGCCAGGAGACGUCAGCCUGCCCUUGGGACAGGUGCAACCCCGUCUCACAGCUCAGGUAGCCCUAAGGUGCCCAGAGCACCCCCAGGCCCAGCUGCCCUACAUGGCGGGCAGCCCCCGCACUCAGAGGUCGCCCUCCGAGACCAGCGGCUCCCUCCAGGACACGUGGAAGCUGUUGGAGCUAGGGUCCAGCCCUUCAGGCCCCAACUCCCAGGAUGACUCAACUCCAGCAGAAGGCCCGGCCCCUGAGGCAGCAGGCAGCCCGGGGCGUCCACAGAGCCGCCCGGAGGCGGCAGUGGCUGAGACAAGGCAGGGGCAGGUGGCUGUUGAAGGGAAGAAGCUUCAAGCCCAGCCCAAGCCCAGACGACCGCCCCGCUCUCCUGCAAGACCCAGAGGCCCCAACCGACCGCCCAGGAUCCGAAACUACAGCGUGAGGGACUGACCACCGGCUCCUGAGAUCUCCCCCUGCACUAGAAGAUGGGCCCACAUCGGUGGGGGCAGCAGAGCAGGCUGUGGACACUGCUGGACAGCCUGGUGGGACAAGGGUCAUUA